AUGGCAUCCGACGAUGAAUCGAUUAGGCCUCUACUUUGGUCGUUCUCCGGGUUCCGUGAGAACAGACGGCCAACGCCCAUCAGGCGACAACUUAGCCAGUCGCGGACCAGCCUCAAGGACAUCCUUGCGUCUCGGAGGAAGCACUAUGCUGUCUUAGCCCUAGUAUCCUUAGACGUUGCGACACUCAUGGCCAACAUCUUCGUGGAGCUCGUCGCCUGCGAUAUGAAGCGGGAUGAUGAACCAUGGGUCAAGAACACGCGCCAGGGCCUUACCCUCGCCGGUCUUGUGUUCAGCUGUGUGUUCCUAGUGGAGCUGGUUCUCUGCGUAAUGGCGUUUGGGUGGAGGUACUUCACCGAUUGGUUUCACGUACUCGACGGCACAGUCAUUGUGGCGAGCUUCGUCGUUGAUGUGCUCUCGCAUGGCAUCGUGGAGGAGAUUGCGUCCCUCGUCAUUGUCUUUCGUCUAUUUAGGUUCGUCAAACUGGUUGAGGAAGUGAGCAUGGGCGCAGUGGAGAGGAUGGAAGGUCUCGAGGAGCAGCUGGUGGCCCUCAAGCGAGAGAAUGGGGAGAUGAAGAGGCAGCUGGCGAGGCGGUGA